UUUAAAUUCCGUAGGAAAUUCUUUGCAUAAAAUGUAUAUGCAUGUUAUUUGAGUUUCAAAGAGUUUUCUGACCGAGUAGAGAGUACUUCAAAAUGAAACUUUCCAGUUUGAAAAAAGCCCACAUUCACGACCAAACACAUGGCGAAGUAAAACGACGACGACUACUAAGUUACAUUGAAGCAUUAUUUGAUGAAACAAUUGAAGUCAUAAGUGAAGAGGUGAAGCCACGCUCAUUACCCCGAAAUAACCCAUACAUCUUCGAUCUAAAUUUAGUAGUUCGAACAGCAUCUGGACAUGAAGAAAACUUCAACUGGAUCGUAAAGGCCUUACAAGAAGACCCCAAGGCAACAAUAACCACAAGGUACGAUGUACAGGCUAGAAUGACAAAGGAAAUUCAACUAGUCGAACAUUUUAUUGAUGCGGUCACAGGAUAUCAGAGUAGCAUAAUCAACUUAACUACCACUUACGAAUCUUUAUUUCCAAAAAUGUAUGGCUGUGGCACGUCGGGGAAAAAAGGGCAUAAAGAAGCUGACCAGUUCUCAGUGCUAAUUUACGAAAACUUAGAUUCACUUGGCUACAACUUUGAAGAUCCAUGCAGGGGCUUUGAUAUGCCCACUGUUGAAGUAGCUGUUAAAAAUUUGGCAUAUCUACAUGCUGUUCCUAUUGCAAUGCGUUUGAAAAAUACUUUCAAGUUCAAAGAAAGAUGCCUUCAUUUGUUCAACGAAAUCCCUGAUGGAUCAACGGUUAAAGAUUAUCAUAAAGAGAUUUACAGGAAAAUGCGCAUUGGUUUAGACAAGCAUCGAGAACUGGAAGAGCAUCGUCCCAAAAUUGAAACAUGGAUCCAAAUAUCUCAAAGAUACUCCUGGACGGUUAAGUUAUUUGAUUCAUUAGAUUGGUUCACCGUGUGCCACCCUAGAUACUCUAUUCGUAAUAUAAUGGUGCUGCGAGGUGAAAACGGCCAGCCUUUGAGCACUAAAUUAUUGGAAAUGCAUCGUUUGGAGUUCAAUUCAGGUGUCAAGGAUUUGAUUUAUUUUAUGUUUACCAGCGUGGAGACAGAGGUAUUAGAAACGAAAACUAAUUUUGACAAUAUCCUGAAGAUAUAUUAUGAACAUUUUAUUUCAGUACUACAAUGCCAUGAAGUUGAAUUAAAGGAUAUUGAAAUAUUUACUUUUUCAAGCUUUAUAAAAGAGUUUAAUACUAUGGGACCGUAUAUGUUAGCUAACAUUUUGUAUACUUUGAGAACUAUUGUUUAUUCUAACAUUGAUGACAAUGGCGAGCCUGUUCUAGAAAACGCAUACCAAGAAAAGUUCAAAAAGAUUAUACAGAACUUUAUUGGCCGCCAGUGGAUUAGGGACCUUGUUCCAGAUCGUAAGUCUUCAUCCCCGCCGCAAGCGCCAGGCGGGCCGCCGCCCCCAGGCGAUCAGCAACCUCCAGGCGAGCCGAAACCUCCAGGUGUCCCGCAACAUCCAGCUGAACCACAGCUUCCAGCCGCGCUACAACCUUCAGGCGAAAAGCCUACAAGCGCGGCGUCAAAAAGCAAAACGCCUAAAACACCUAAAAGUGCCACCACGGGCGCAUUGACUACAAGCUCACCAGCUACCAACGUGCCGCCUACAAAAUCACCAGCUACAGGUGCACCUUCUUCAACAGUAUUGACUAGAAGAGACAGCAAAAAGGAUAAGAAUAAAGGUACAGCAACGACUACCACGACUGCAGCAACUAAAGCCGCACCGUCAGUAAGUGCGUCUAAAAGCGCACCAGCUAUCAACGUGCCACCUACCAAAUCAGUGGCUAAAAGCACAGUAAUUAAAAGUGCACCACCUUCAACCGUAUUGCCUAGAAAAGGAAGCAAAACGUCUAAGAAUAAAGGUACAACACCGACUACCACGACUGCAGCAACUAAAACCGCACCGUCAGUAAGUGGAACGGCUACCACAGGCGCAUCGACCAUAAGCUCACCAGUUACCAAGGUGCCGCUUACCAAAGCACCAGCUUCGAGCACGGUAACUACAAGUGCACCACCUCCAACCACCUUGUCUAGGAGCGGAAGCAAAAACUAUAAGAAAAAAGCUACGACUGCCACCACUGCAGCAACUAAAACCGCACCGUCAGCAAGUGCGCCCCCUGUGAAGGCACCUUCUGGAGAGGCACCGCCUUUACCACCACGGCCUUCCAGCCACGCAGCAACUUCCAGCUUGCCGAAGGUUCCUCCUAGAAAGCUAACUCCAAAAACACCGCUAGCAAGCGCACAGUCGCCAAAAGCACCAUCUUCAAGCUCACCACGUGUGAGAACCGCGCCUCCAAAGACACUGUCACUGCCUUUGAAUGUUUCUCCUCGAACGACACCACCUACAAAGAAAACGCUUCCAAAGGCAUUACCCUCAAGAGUACCACCUACACCUCCUCCAAGGAAACCGUCACUCACUUUGAGUCUCAAGUCUCCAACGCCUCCGGCUCCAACGCCUCCAGCUCCAAAGCCUCCAGCUCCAACGCCUCCAGCUCCAACGUCUCUGGCUCCAUCGCCUCCGGCUACGAAAGUAACGUCACCAAUGGCAUCACCUUCAAGAGCAGCACGUUCAACGCUAUCGCCAGCGCCAUCACGGCCACCUCCACUGUGGAGCGCAGAGCAUCCAAUGAGAUUUGCACCAGUUACACGUUUCCGUUGGAGACGUCCAAAACCAUUCUCUGCAGGCACCCCAUUUAUAAUUGUAACGCCUCCAAGGAUAUCGCCGCCUCCGAGUCCAGAGCCUCCAGCACUUCCUCCAAGGCAAAGGUCUCCAGCGAGAUCAUCUUCAAGCGAACGACCUACAAGGCUAUCGCCUCAAAGAACGCUUUCACCGACUUGGAGGCCACGGCCUCCACAGAGACCGCCUGGAAUCCCGACGCCUCCCAUAACACAUUCACCGUCUUCUAGUGCAGAUCCUGCAACAUCUCCUACAAAACAAACGUCUUCAGGGGCCUUAACUUCAAGCUCAUCAUUUAGAAGGCUAUGGCGUCGAAAAACACAUCCUCCUUCUUCGAGUCUAGAGCCUGCAGGGACAUCUCCUACAAAGCAGACGUCCCCACAGACAUCAACUUUAAGCGUACUACCUACAACGCAACCGCAUCCAAGAACACCUUCACCAUCUUUGAGUGCUGAGCCUGGAACGACAUCUCCUACAAGGCAAACGGCCCCACAGGCAACUACCUCAAGCACACCACCUGCAAUGCAAUCGCCUUUAAGUACACCUUCACCGCCUUCGAGUGUAGAGCUUCCAACGACAUCUCCUACAGGACAAACGUCUUCAAGUUCAUCAAUCUCAAGCUUAUCACUUUCAAGGCUAUGGCAUCGAAGUAAAUCUUCAACGUCUUCGAGUGUAGAGCGUGAAACGACGUCUCCUACAGAGCGAACGGCCUCACAGGCAUCUACCUCAAGCACACCACCUAGAAGGCAAAUGCAUUCAAAUACACCUUCACCGCCUUCGAGCGCAGAGCUUCCGCAGACAUCUCCUUCAAGACGAACGUAUCCAAGUGCAUCAGCCUUAAGAUCAUCAUUUAGAAGGCUAUGGCGUCGAAGAAAAUCUUCACCGUCUUCAAGCGCAGUGCCUGCACCGACAUCUCCUACAGCACAAACGACUUCACAGGCAUCUACCUCAAGCACACCACCUGCGAGGCAAACGCCUUCAAGUACACCUUCACCGUCUUCGAGUGCAGAGCCUGCACCGAUAUCUCCUACAGCACAAACGACCUUACAGGCAUCUACCUCAAGCACACCACCUGCAAGGCAAACGCCUUCAAGUACACCCUCACCGUCUUCGAGUGCAGAGCUUCCAACGAUAUCUCCUACAAGUGAAACGUCUCCACGUGCAUCAACCUCAAACGCACCGCCCACAAGGGAAGCGUCGCCACGUGCAUCAACCUCAAACGCACCACCUACAAUGGCAGCGGCUCCACGUGCAUCAACCUCAAGAUCACGACCUAGACGAAGAUCUCCUUCACCGUCUUCGAGUUCAGAGACAGUCCGACUUACUUCAACUAGAAGUGAAACGCCGCCAAGCGCAUAGCCUAUCAGCUUGUAAUGUCCAAGUGGAUUCGAAAACUAGAACCGACGAAACUCUUGAUUAUCAGAAAGUAAACGUGACUAUUUGUAUAUACUUAUGUAUAUAUUUGUAUAUACUUAUGUAUGUUCGUAUUUUAAACUCAUGAGUGAUCAUAUAUUUAUGGUGUUCGUUUUGCAUGUAUGUAAUGUGUUCAUUCCUUUUUGAAUUAUUUCAGUUUUAUAUGAAUACUUAUUAAUAUAGGGUCUAUAUUAAUAAAAUAUUUGAAAUAAAAUGUCUAGACUAUAA